AUGUCAGGAGAACUACCACCAAACAUUAAUGUUAAGGAGCCUCGAUGGGACCAAAGCACUUUUGUUGGACGAGCUAAUCAUUUCUUCACUGUAACUGAUCCCAGGAAUAUCCUGUUGAGCAACGAACAACUAGAGAAGGCAAGGAAAACAAUACAUGAUUACAGACAAGGAAUUGUGCCUCCAGGUCUUACAGAAAAUGAAUUAUGGAGAGCAAAAUAUAUCUAUGAUUCAGCUUUUCAUCCUGACACUGGUGAAAAGAUGAUUUUGAUAGGAAGAAUGUCAGCUCAAGUUCCAAUGAACAUGACCAUCACAGGCUGCAUGAUGACAUUUUAUAGGACUACCCCAGCGGUGCUCUUCUGGCAAUGGAUUAACCAGUCCUUCAACGCAGUUGUAAAUUACACCAACAGAAGUGGAGAUGCCCCUCUCACUGUAAAUGAAUUGGGAACAGCCUAUGUUUCUGCAACAACUGGUGCUGUAGCAACAGCUCUAGGACUCAAUGCACUAACCAAGCAUGUCUCACCCCUGAUAGGGCGUUUUGUCCCCUUUGCUGCUGUAGCUGCUGCUAAUUGCAUUAAUAUUCCAUUAAUGAGGCAAAGGGAACUCAAAGUUGGCAUUCCUGUCACAGAUGAAAAUGGGAACCGCUUGGGUGAGUCGGCAAAUGCUGCAAAACAAGCCAUCACGCAAGUCAUUGUCUCCAGGAUUCUCAUGGCAGCCCCUGGGAUGGCGAUCCCUCCAUUUAUCAUGAACACCCUGGAAAAGAAAGCCUUCUUAAAGAGAUUCCCCUGGAUGAGUGCCCCUAUUCAAGUUGGAUUAGUUGGCUUUUGUUUGGUAUUUGCUACACCUCUCUGUUGUGCUCUGUUUCCUCAGAAAAGUUCCAUGUCUGUGACAAGGUUGGAGGCUGACCUGCAAGCCAAGAUCCAAGAGAACUAUCCUGAAUUACAACGUGUGUACUUUAACAAAGGAUUAUAA